CGAGUCGGAGUAGACGCGUUGUUUGAAUCUGCGGGCUGUUUUCCUCUUCUGCUCCGACACUUUUGGACAUUUAAACUUUAAAUUUAAGGAUUUCGGGAAACUUUUUACUUUCGGGAGAAGUGAAGAGAGUCAUCGGUACAAGACCAGGGCAGGUCUCACCAGAACCAUCACCCACUGGAACAGAGUCGGGAGGACAGGAGGCGGCUGGAGGCAAAAUUGGCAGAGAAAAAGGGACUCCUGGGACGUUUCUUGUAUAAAACCUCUGACCUCUGACCCCUGACCCUCCGAGCCGCGAGGUCAUGAGGCACGACACUUCAUCGAGUCGCCGUAAAGGCGCCAACCCCAAAAGACGACCGCCUCAACCGCCCCCACCGCCCACACCGCCCACACCCACGCCCAGGCGCAGCGGAGCCUCAGGAGCGCCCCCUGGAGCGUCUCCGCGGAAGAAGAGGAGGUACAGACCCGGGACCAAAGCGCUCAAAGAAAUCCGCCAGUACCAGAAAAGCACCAACCUGCUGCUGCGUAAAGGCCCCUUCUCCCGACUGGUUCGUGAAAUCUGUCAGGGUUUUACUCGAGAGUCUUACCGGUGGCAGGUCUACGCUCUGCUGGCUCUGCAGGAGGCGGCCGAGGCUUUCCUGGUGAUGCUGUUUUCCGACGCCAACCUCUGCGCCAUCCACGCCAAAAGAGUGACCCUGUUCCCGCGCGACGUCCAGCUCGCCCGGCGCAUCCGAGGAGUCGACAGCCUCUGAAGACCGAGGACCAAGGAAGGAAGGAAGGAAAGAAGGAAGGAAGGAGGAUUUUCACCAUCAGAACUGUCAACUGGACCAAAAAAAGGAGGAAGAGGAGGAGUGUUUUACCUGGACUUCACAGACUCUUAAACACGAUAACAGAAUUUUUAUCACAACGACCAAUCAAAAUGUCAAAAUAAUCUCGAGCUCGAAGUCUUUACUCUCAUAUUUCUGCUUUUUUGGGGGGUUUUAUGCAUAAUGGAUUGUUUUUUUCUGUGUAGUUUUCUUUCAUAAAUGUGAGCCUUGCAUGUUUGAGUAAUAUCGUGAUCUCUGCUGAGCUGUAUUCAAACCCUCGUUAUGGUUAAAAGUAAAUUUUUUAAAAUGUUUUUAAUGUUCAUAUUUUGAUAAUAAAAAUUUUAAAAAUU